GCUAGUAGCAGUAUUGGUAGCUUCUGGAAAGAUGGGCAGUUUUACAAAAGGUUUGGGAUUAGCAGGAGUAGUCUGGAUCUGCAGCUGGCAGUGCCUGGUGGGUGUAAUGCCAGAUUACUGGGAUGAUGCCUCACGUCUGCAGUGUGGAUCCAGACACAUGAAUUUUACCCUUCCAUCUGUGUUGGGAGAUGCAGUUUUUGCCCUGGCUGUGAUUGAUAGUGCUGGGAAGUCUCACUAUCUACAUACCAAUUCUACUUGUGGUAUUUGGGUUGGACAGAAACCAGAUGGCUCUAUGGUGGCUGGGUCUGCUUACAAUGGAUGCUAUGUAAGAGAAGAGGAUGGAGACUACGUGAUGACUAUCACCCUGGAAGAAAUUCUCAGUGAUGGAAAAGCUCAAUACCACAAGAAGGACCUGAAGUGCCCUAUUCUCCCAGCUUUGGAUGCUCCUAGCCAGAGUGUCUGCUCUUCUGUCCAGCAAUCAGACCGGUUGGCAUGUGCUAAUGCAUCUGUGUCCCAGGCUCUCUGUGAAGGCAUCGGAUGCUGUUUUUCCCCAAGUGUCUCUGGAAUCCCAUGUUACUACGGGGACGCACUGACUGCACAGUGUACGGAUGAUUACAACAUGGUGGUUGCCAUAUCCAGUGACCUGACCCGUCCAUCCCUAAUUCUGGAUUCUAUCCAGGUGCUUGGCCUGGACUCUAUCUCAUGUCCUGCUCUGAGUGUCUCUCAGACAAGUUUAUUCGCAAAAUUCCAGUUUCCUCUCUCCUGUGCGGGCACAAGUCAGGUCACUGACCAAUCUGUAAUAUAUGAAUAUACUUUUGUGGCAACUAAAGAUGUACUCGCAUGGCAGACAAUAUCCAUCACAAGGGACAGUACAAUGAGGCUGACUGUCCGCUGCAUCUACUCUCGGACUGGAGUUGUCCCACUGCAAGUGGAAGUGCUCACCCUGCCUCCACCCCUUCCUGUGUCAACCUCAGGUCCUCUGCUCCUGGAGAUGAGGAUAGCACAAGAUGGACAGUACAUUUCCUAUUAUGCUGAUGGGGAUUAUCCUGUAGUCAAAGUGCUCAGAGACCCAGUCUUCCUGGAGGUUCGAAUUCUGCAGAGAGCGGAUCCAAACCUGGUUCUGGUCUUAAACAACUGUUGGGCCACCGGGUCUCCUCUGCCUACUGACAGUACACAAUGGCCAGUCUUGUUCAAUGGAUGUCCUUUUGCCGGUGACAACUACCUCACUCAGCUGGUGUCUGUUGGAGAUGCCUCCCAGAACAUACCUUUCCCAACUUACUACCAGCGCUUUGCCAUCAGCACCUUCACAUUUGUGAAUCCAAGCACCCAAAUGUCUCUAACAGGACUGGUCUACUUUCACUGCAGUGCCUCAGUGUGUGUCCCCACUGCCAGAGAUUCAUGCGCAGUGAACUGUGCGUCAAGGAAAAAGAGAAUGGCUGACAACCAGGUUGCUGAAGAGGCUCUGACUACUGUCACUUCCAAUGGACCAGUUCUGUUUAAUGCUGAUUACCUUGAGGGGAGCCAGAACUCUGAAGAAGAUCACCUUAACUUCCAAUCAUCUAUGACCUGGCUAAGAGUAUCUGCAGCUGUGGGUGCAGUCCUGAUGGUUGUACUUGUGACUCUUCAUCUAUAUAGAAGAAGAAAUGGAGAUCUGACUUCCUAUGUUAAUGCUUAAAUAAAGUUCCCUUUCCAACCUUG